ACGCGGUUACGUUCUCGAGUUACGUUGUUGAUAGCAGAAUAUAGAAUUAUUAAAGAGGCUAAGUAGUAUAUGAUAGACAAUAAGUUACAGAAUAACGACAGAUUAUACAAUUUUCCAAAUAUCAUAAUUUUUACAUUGACUUUAAAUAAAAAACAAUGAAAAUUAUUAAUCUAAUGAUUUUAUUGUUUAUACAACGUAUUUAUAACUUAGUGAUAUUCCAAUUAUUUGUGUUUAUAGAGAUUGAUGUUCUCAGUGCAUUUAUUUUCUAAAUUAAUAGAUAAGCUUAUAGGUAUACAACACAUUAUGUUUCUGCAUUUCAUAAAGAUUUAUGGACUGGAUAUAUAAUUGCUUAAAAACCACAUUGAUAUUCAAUUUCAUUAUAAACGAGGCUCAAACAAGAUUCGAAUAUAUAUGUAGUACAUUUUAAAUAAAUUAUAAAGGCAGUAUAUUUUAAUACGUUGUUAAAUCAAUAUUAAGUGUGACUAUAUUAGUUAACAAUUAUUAUUUAUCUGGUUCUCACAUGUUAUUCACUUAAUUACCUUUAUUGAAGUUAUUUACAUUUUUAGUGUGGAACAUGUCUAAUAUUACGCAGAUAUUCAUAUCCAUUAUAAACAGAAAUCAUUGUUUAAAACAAAACGUGUUGUUACAAACGCCUUGUGUAAGGCAUUCAAGUUCUACAAAACAAACGCCAGCUACGUAUUGUUCGGAAUUGGUUAGAAAACAUGAUUAUGAAAACUUUCUGUGUACAUUGCUAUUGUCAAACAAAAGUGAAGCGGCCGCAUUUGCAAUUCGUGCAUUUAAUGUUGAAGUAGCUCAAAUAAGAGAUCAAGUGCGUGAUUAUAAAAUAGGAGAAAUGAGAUUACAAUUUUGGUCAGACGCACUAAAUAAUACAUAUAAAGGAAAUCCUCCAAGAAAUCCUGUUAUGUUGGAGUUACAUAGAAUUUUACAGAAACAUUCUCUUUCUAAACAUUAUUUCAAACGUUUAAUUGAUAUAAGGCUUGAUAAACUUCGGGAUUAUUCAUUUCAUAAUAUGAGUGAAAUAGAAAAAUAUGCGGAAUACAGUAGUUCUUCCAUUUACUAUCUUCUUUUACAAGCACACGGUGUAAAUAAUAUUAAUGCUGAUCAUGCUGCCAGUCAUAUGGGAAAGGCACAUGGCAUUGUUAACUUACUUCGAUCGAUUCCUUAUAAUGCCAGUAAAAGAGUGAAUAUGUUACCACAAGAUAUUUUAAUGAAACACAGUGUCUCUACAGAAGCUGUAUUACAGGGCCAAUCCAGUAAAAAUCUUCAAGAUGUAAUAUAUGAUGUAGCUUCCUAUGGAAAAUUACAUCUAGAUGCUACAAUUUCUCUUAAACAUAGUAUGGGAAAAGAAGCAAACUUAAUCUUUUUACCAAUUAUUUGUUUGCAAAAGUACUUAAAUAAAUUAAGGAAAGCAGACUUUGAUAUAUUUAAUGCAAAACUACAGAAAAGAGAUAAUUUACUUCCUCUAUACUUGUAUUGGAGAAGUUUUAUGUAUUAAAUUCGAUAUACUUUUAAUUAAGAUUAUCUUUCGAUUAAAGUGUUGUAAGAUAUUUGAAAUAAUAAUUAUAUCAUAAUACAGUUGAACUAAAUAUUA